AUGAUUUCUGGUAAUAAUUUGUCGGCCAAUAAUAUAUCGACGGAUCAAAUGUCGAUGAAAUCGUUAAACGAAGACCAGGAGAAGACUGAAGAUGAAGACGACGAGGAAUGCAAAUCUGUUGUCUCAAUCAAUAUUAAGGAUAUGAACAAAGAAUUCAGUUAUUAUACAAUACUUAGGCGUGUGUUAUACCCGUUUGCGCUGACCGGUGCGCCCAUCAGUUAUUGUCUCAAAGAUCCCGAUAAAGCAUUCAAAUACCUUAGCAGACAUGGAAUGAUCCAGAUAUAUUCAAUAUUCAUUGUGGGUAUGAUUCAUACGAUAUGUGGCUUCUGGUUGUGUCGCGUCGGUUACCAUAUCUUUCAAUUGGGAGAACUGACCGAUCAGUUAUGGGACGAGAUAUUCACCUUCUUGUACAGCUUGUCGGGCGUCUCAGCACUCGAUCUCAUUUGGUUUUAUCGGCAAACACUGCGAACUCUGAUCAACGAUUUGGACAAAAUGCCAGAAUUGGAUCAAACAAUUCUUAUGCAUUAUAAUUACUUUAAAAUCAAAUACAAAGUGAAGCUCACGUUUCUGACCAUAUUUGUGUUGUCGCUCACAGUGUUGUGCAUUUCAUACAUCGCUAUUGUCAUUGUUGUGGCCAUUAAUACAGAUUCGGACACCAUUUGGACAAAUAAGAUAUUUAGUUUCAUAGCAUUGUAUCGCUCAAACUUAAGUGCAGUGAAAAAGAUCGAUGAAGUGUUUAAUAUAUUUAUUUUCGGUUAUUUUGUGCUCUUAUUCUUCGGAAUCGUAACCGAAAUCGAAGAAGUGAUGAGUCUUUUCAGUCACGACGAGAAGAAUAUUUUGAAAAUUUUGAUGACAUGUGCUUUCGUUAUACUUAUGGUGUUCUCAAUGUUUUAUACACUCAAACAGACUUCCGAUGUGAACGACGACUCGGCUGAGACCAAAAGUCUUCUCUAUCAAUACGUGUUGUCAACUAAUCCCGAAGACAGAACUGCUGUCUAUUUUGAAGAGUUCCAGCUAAUGAUUCCGGGUCUUUUGGCUCAUACGGCAAACCUAACACUUCUAGUCGCGUUAUUAGUUUUAAUGAUCUUUCCGUCGCGGUAUACGAGCCCUCCGUCCGGAACUUUGAUUUUGUUGCACUUAUCGCCUCCCCAUUCAAAUCCAGGACAGGCCAGGUCUAGCACUUCGCUCGCAUAA